AUGCCUACGAGACUGACAAAGACUAGAAAACUCCGCGGCCAUGUGUCCGCUGGCCACGGUCGUGUAGGAAAGCACCGAAAACACCCUGGAGGUCGCGGUCUUGCUGGCGGUCAGCAUCAUCACAGAACAAACAUGGAUAAAUACCACCCUGGUUACUUCGGAAAAGUCGGUAUGCGACACUUCCACCUGCUCAGAAACCCUUAUUGGAAGCCUUCCAUCAACCUUGACAAGGUCGGGACUUCCCAAUUUAUUAUAUACGACAAAGGGAUGACGACUGACAUGGCGUGGCAGCUCUGGUCCUUGGUUCCUGAAGAGACUCGCGAUGCAUACCUUUCUGGCAAAAAAACUGACACAGCCCCCGUUUUCGAUCUCCUUCCUCUCGGAUAUUCCAAAGUCCUCGGAAAGGGCAAAAUUCCAGAGAUCCCGAUUGUUGUACGAGCACGAUGGUUCAGCAGAGAGGCAGAGCGAAAGAUCAAGGAGGCCGGUGGUGUUGUUGAGCUGGUUGCAUAA